UGUUGAGAUAGUCUAUUAGCAUUUCCCUAUGUUGUAUGCUUCUAACCUAUACACCCACAACUUAGCCUAUAUUGUACAUGUAUAUAGCCUAGUUGUGCCCUUGGUGAUUCCACUUCCUUACUGAAUGAUAAUUACAUCUUGACUCAAUGUGCUGGACCAUGUCCAUGACAUCUCGUCAUCUCUCUUAGAUCUUGUGUCACCUAUGUUACCCUCAACAGGUUAUGAGACCCAUGUGCUCCGCCUGUCGCACCUUUAUAUUUUUUUACACAUUCUCUUCCACCGGCAUCACUCACUCUACCGGGAUUGUUGUUCCUAUUUUUCCUUUAAAAACCUCUUUGGACCCCUCGGAGCUCGUCGGAACUCGUCAGGAUCCCUCAGAGCUUGUCGGACCUCUUUGGAUCUCUUCAGGAGUCGUUGGGUGUCUUUGAAUCUCUUCAGGAGUCGUCAGGUGUCUUUGGAUAUUGUUAGAAGUCGUCGGGUCUCUUUGGAUUGUGUCAGGACCCAUUGGAGCUCGUUGAAACCCCUCGGAACCCAUCAGGACUUGUCGCUAUUCUCUCAGGACUCGUUGGUACUCGUGGUUACUCAUCGGAACUCUUUGGAGCUCGUUGGAGCUCAUCAGAACUCAUCCAAGCUCAUCGGAACUCGUCAAAGCUCGCUAGGACUCGGCCUCACUUCACAGUACUCGCCGUCUCUCUACCUCACUCGUCGUUGAUGUACAGGACUCGCCGUCUCUAUAAAGGACUCAUCGUCGCUAGACAGGCCUCAUCAUCGAUCUGAUUGGACUUGCUGCUGCGUUAAUGGACUCGUUCACUGCUCAAACGGACCCGUCCUCUUCUCAAGCUCCUUGAUCAACUGUUUCCAGCCUCGAUCACAUCUCCAGAAACAAGAUCAACCCUCCAAAGCCACAAUUGAUUUUUUUUGCCUUUGCUUCUCAACCAAAGCAGAUGUAACCGCUUGCUAACACUCUGGUUUACUGCAAUUUUUUCUCCCUUUCUUAUCCCCCUCAGGUGACCGAUCUAAUUUUUUGUUGCUGUAAUGAUAGUCUUACACAAAUUUGACUAUCAGAAUAUCAACCUCCGUUCUGGCGAUGGCAACUCCGGUCUAGCCUUAUAGGUAAUUCCUACCCCACGCUUGUCUUUGAGUAUAUUGGCUGUUGUGGCUUUUCCCUGCUCCUUGCAAAGGAUGGAUCUCUACCUUGGUUCAUAAACAUUGUUGCCUUUCUCAGUUUGGUUGUAUUUACUGACAGCUGCUUUCCCUGACCAACCCCUUUGGCCUAACCAAGCCAUUCAACAUCUGGGUAUGUGAAGGUUGGGCAAGUAGGACUUGUUCUGUAUAGAGUUAUCAGCAAGGGGGUGUGUUGAGAUAGUCUAUUAGCAUUUCCCUAUGUUGUAUGCUUCUAACCUAUACACCCACAACUUAGCCUAUAUUGUACAUGUAUAUAGCCUAGUUGUGCCCUUGGUGAUUCCACUUCCUUACUGAAUGAUAAUUACAUCUUGACUCAAUGUGCUGGACCAUGUCCAUGACAUCUCGUCAUCUCUCUUAGAUCUUGUGUCACCUAUGUUACCCUCAACA